AACACUUAUUAUCGCCGUUAUAAGGCAACUUGCCUGACGUUUGUGAUGGAUAUCGGCAUAAAAGGCCGCUUGUAAAGGAUCUGACGUUCGAUCGCUGAGUUAGUUGGCCCGGACCCCGGUGCGGGGUUGGGCAAGCCUUUUGCAGCUAGUACUAAGCUAAAAGCAGGAAAAUGGCCGCUGUGGAUGUGCUUCCACCCAAGGCUGACGAAAUGGAGACAGAUGCACCCCUGCUGGUCCCGGACGUCAGCUCCCCUAGCACAGCAGACGAGGACCUUUACACGACACUUAAGAACUUACAACGGCAGCUGGAGUUUUUGGAGAUUCAAGAAGAGUAUAUCAAGGAGGAGCAGAAGAAUUUGAAGCGGGAGCUGCUCCGAGCGCAGGAGGAGGUCAAAAGGAUCCAAAGCGUACCGCUGGUGAUCGGGCAGUUCCUCGAGAUGGUGGACGCGAACAGCGGUAUCGUUGGCUCAACCACCGGCUCCACGUACUUCGUCCGCAUCCUCAGCACCCUGAACCGUGAGCUCCUGAAGCCGUCUGCAUCGGUAGCUCUCCACCGGCAUUCCAAUGCACUGGUGGACAUCUUGCCGCCAGAGGCGGACAGCAGCAUCUCCUUGCUUGGCGAGCACGAGCGUCCUGACGUGACGUACCAGGAUAUCGGUGGUUACGACAUGCAAAAGCAGGAGAUCCGUGAAGCGGUUGAGCUGCCGUUGGUGCAAGCGGACCUAUACAAGCAGAUCGGUAUCGACCCACCACGUGGUGUGCUGCUCUACGGUCCGCCGGGAACGGGCAAGACCAUGCUCGCUAAGGCCGUGGCGCACCACACCACCGCAGCAUUUAUUCGGGUGGUGGGUUCCGAGUUCGUACAGAAGUACCUGGGCGAGGGUCCUCGUAUGGUACGCGAUGUGUUCAGGCUGGCGAAGGAGAAUGCCCCCGCCAUUAUCUUCAUCGAUGAGGUGGACGCCAUCGCGACGGCACGCUUCGAUGCCCAGACCGGCGCCGAUCGCGAGGUGCAGCGUAUCCUCAUGGAGCUCCUUAACCAGAUGGAUGGCUUUGACCAAACCGUUAACGUUAAGGCAAGCACCGUCAUCAUGGCCACCAAUCGCGCUGACACCCUGGAUCCUGCACUGCUACGUCCUGGGCGCCUUGACCGCAAGAUCGAGCUUCCAGUGCCAGAUCGCCGUCAGAAGCGCUUAAUUUUCCAGGUGUGCACAAGCAAGAUGAACCUGUCGGACGAGGUGGACCUGGAGGACUACGUGUCGCGCCCUGAUAAGAUCAGCGCCGCAGAGAUUGCGGCUAUCUGCCAGGAAGCCGGCAUGCUGGCGGUACGGAAGAACAGGUAUGUCAUCCUGCCGAAGGACUUCGAGAAGGGCUACAAAGCAAAUGUCAAGAAGAGCGAUACGGAGUUCGCUUUCUACCAAUGAGUCGGCUCUUGCCUUUGGGGUCUAGUUUUAGGGACACGAGGCAAGCAAGAGAUACGAGGCAGGCAGGAAUGACGCGGAUGAUAAGGGCUAGGUAGUGCGACGUUGCGUUCGUCCUACGUCCGUAGGAUUUAUGAAGUUGCUUGUGCGGGAGACGUCCUCUUCCGUCGCACACGGCCGCAGGCGUGACAGACGUGCAUAGAACAGCAGGUGUCGACUAGGGAUAUUCUGAGGGUGAAGUUUGAGAGGCUGGACGUAAGUAGUUUCAACAUUUGAGGCCAGUUGCUCGAGGCAAAGUGGGGACGGUUGCGGCCUAAGAUAAAUUCGCGCGGUUCGUAGGUGAGAAUUUUGCCGGUUGCCGAAAAAUGCGUGGAGGAGUAAUGUGUGUAAUCCUGUUUGUAAUUUUCAUUGUUUGUUUG